AUGGGGACGCCCAAAACCGGCAUCAGGCAUUCAAGCACAUCACACCAUCCUGCUACUGCUCGCCGUCGGCUCGUCUCGGCCGAGGCUGCUUCGCGACCCCAUGGAUCUGGUCCCGCGCACCAUACACAGCAUAGCGCAUCAUCCAAGUGCGUCGCUACCCUUAUCGUCUCGGCCGAGGCUGCUUCGCGACCCCAUGGAUCUGGUCCCGCGCACCAUGCACAGCAUAGCGCAUCAUCCAAGUGCGUCGCUACCCUUAUCGUCUCGGCCGAGGCUGCUUCGCGACCCCAUGGAUCUGGUCCCGCGCACCAUGCACAGCAUAGCGCAUCAUCCAAGUGCGUCGCUACCCUUCUCGUCUCGGCCGAGGCUGCUUCGCGACCCCAUGGAUCUGGUCCCGCGCACCAUGCACAGCAUAGCGCAUCAUCCAAGUGCGUCGCUACCCUUAUCGUCUCGGCCGAGGCUGCUUCGCGACCCCAUGGAUCUGGUCCCGCGCACCAUGCACAGCAUAGCGCAUCAUCCAAGUGCGUCGCUACCCUUAUCGUCUCGGCCGAGGCUGCUUCGCGACCCCAUGGAUCUGGUCCCGCGCACCAUGCACAGCAUAGCGCAUCAUCCAAGUGCGUCGCUACCCUUAUCGUCUCAGCCGAGGCUGCUUCGCGACCCCAUGGAUCUGGUCCCGCGCACCAUGCACAGCAUAGCGCAUCAUCCAAGUGCGUCGCUACCCUUAUCGUCUCGGCCGAGGCUGCUUCGCGACCCCAUGGAUCUGGUCCCGCGCACCAUGCACAGCAUAGCGCAUCAUCCAAGUGCGUCGCUACCCUUAUCGUCUCGGCCGAGGCUGCUUCGCGACCCCAUGGAUCUGGUCCCGCGCACCAUGCACAGCAUAGCGCAUCAUCCAAGUGCGUCGCUACCCUUAUCGUCUCGGCCGAGGCUGCUUCGCGACCCCAUGGAUCUGGUCCCGCGCACCAUGCACAGCAUAGCGCAUCAUCCAAGUGCGUCGCUACCCUUCUCGUCUCGGCCGAGGCUGCUUCGCGACCCCAUGGAUCUGGUCCCGCGCACCAUGCACAGCAUAGCGCAUCAUCCAAGUGCGUCGCUACCCUUAUCGUCUCGGCCGAGGCUGCUUCGCGACCCCAUGGAUCUGGUCCCGCGCACCAUGCACAGCAUAGCGCAUCAUCCAAGUGCGUCGCUACCCUUAUCGUCUCGGCCGAGGCUGCUUCGCGACCCCAUGGAUCUGGUCCCGCGCACCAUGCACAGCAUAGCGCAUCAUCCAAGUGCGUCGCUACCCUUAUCGUCUCGGCCGAGGCUGCUUCGCGACCCCAUGGAUCUGGUCCCGCGCACCAUGCACAGCAUAGCGCAUCAUCCAAGUGCGUCGCUACCCUUAUCGUCUCGGCCGAGGCUGCUUCGCGACCCCAUGGAUCUGGUCCCGCGCACCAUGCACAGCAUAGCGCAUCAUCCAAGUGCGUCGCUACCCUUAUCGUCUCGGCCGAGGCUGCUUCGCGACCCCAUGGAUCUGGUCCCGCGCACCAUGCACAGCAUAGCGCAUCAUCCAAGUGCGUCGCUACCCUUCUCGUCUCGGCCGAGGCUGCUUCGCGACCCCAUGGAUCUGGUCCCGCGCACCAUGCACAGCAUAGCGCAUCAUCCAAGUGCGUCGCUACCCUUAUCGUCUCGGCCGAGGCUGCUUCGCGACCCCAUGGAUCUGGUCCCGCGCACCAUGCACAGCAUAGCGCAUCAUCCAAGUGCGUCGCUACCCUUAUCGUCUCGGCCGAGGCUGCUUCGCGACCCCAUGGAUCUGGUCCCGCGCACCAUGCACAGCAUAGCGCAUCAUCCAAGUGCGUCGCUACCCUUCUCGUCUCGGCCGAGGCUGCUUCGCGACCCCAUGGAUCUGGUCCCGCGCACCAUGCACAGCAUAGCGCAUCAUCCAAGUGCGUCGCUACCCUUAUCGUCUCGGCCGAGGCUGCUUCGCGACCCCAUGGAUCUGGUCCCGCGCACCAUGCACAGCAUAGCGCAUCAUCCAAGUGCGUCGCUACCCUUAUCGUCUCGGCCGAGGCUGCUUCGCGACCCCAUGGAUCUGGUCCCGCGCACCAUGCACAGCAUAGCGCAUCAUCCAAGUGCGUCGCUACCCUUAUCGUCUCGGCCGAGGCUGCUUCGCGACCCCAUGGAUCUGGUCCCGCGCACCAUGCACAGCAUAGCGCAUCAUCCAAGUGCGUCGCUACCCUUCUCGUCUCGGCCGAGGCUGCUUCGCGACCCCAUGGAUCUGGUCCCGCGCACCAUGCACAGCAUAGCGCAUCAUCCAAGUGCGUCGCUACCCUUAUCGUCUCGGCCGAGGCUACUUCGCGACGCCAUGGAUCUGGUCCCGCGCACCAGGCACAGCAUAGCGCAUCAUCCAAGUGCGUUGCUACCCUCUUCUUCUGUCCGAGCAUCGCUGCUGUGGUCACUGGGGCCGCCAUCUUCCUCCAGUACUUCAAAGCGCCAACAGACACCGACUCCACACAGGCAGCACCUCGCUCCCACAGCACAACCAUGGACGCAAUGCUGCAGAUACUAUGGUUGACGGGCAGCAACACCCUCGAUCCCCGCAAAAACUUCCACCAGUACGCCUUCUACAAGUUCUUCGCAGUACACUAG